AUGCAACUAAGGGCUCCACCGGUGGAGGAUGGAGGAGGAGGGAGGGCUCCACCGGCGGAGGAUGGAGGAGGAGGGAGGGCUGCACCGGUGGAGGAUGGAGGAGGAGGGAGGGCUCCACCGGUGGAGGAUGGAGGAAGAGUGGAGGAUGGAGGCGGAGGAAGAGCUCUACCGGCUGAGUCUGCCCUUCCUUACCGAAGCAGGAGGAAGGCUUCACCAGCAGAGGCUGCCCAUCCCUGCCGAAGCAGGAGGCAGGGCUCCACCGGCGGAGGAUGGAGGAGGAGGAAGGAUGGCUGCCCAUCCCGGCUGAAGCAGGAGGAAGGGCUCGACCAGCGAGGGCCAGAGGCGGCUGCACAUACCGGCCGAAGCAGGAGGAGGGGCUCGACCGGCAGGAGCCAGAGGCAGCUGCUCAUCUCAGCCGAAACCGAGGGAGCGGCUCACCCAGCGGGGACCGGAGGUGGCUGCCCAACCCGGCUGAAGCAGGAGGAAAGGCUCGACCAGCGGGAGCCGGAGACUCCUGCUCGUCCUGGCCGAAGUAGGAUUAGCUGCUCAACCGGCGGGGGCCAGAGGCGGCUGCCCAACCCGGCCAAAGGAGGAGGUAGGACUCGAUCGGCAGGGGUCGUUGGUGGCUGCCUAUCCCGGCCGAAGCAGAAGGAACGACUUGACAGGCAGGAGCUGGAGGCAGCUGCCCAUCCCAGCCGAAGCCUGAGGAAGGGCUCUACUGACGGGAGCCGGAGGCGGCUGCCCAACCCGGCCAAGAACCAAGGGCUCGACCAAUGGAGGGUGGAGGCAGCUGCCCAUCCCGGCAGAAGCAGGAGGAAGGGCUUGACUGGCGGGGGCCAGAGGCGGCUGCCCAUCCCAGCCGAAGGAGGAGGAAGGGCUAAACCGGCGGGGACUGGAAAGGCUGCCCAUCCCAGCCGAAACAGGAGAAAGGGCUCGACCAGCAGGGGGCCAGAGGCAACUGCCCAUCACAGCCAAAGCAGGAGGAAGGGCUCGACCAGCGGGGGCCAGAGGCGGCUGCCCAUCACAGCCAAAGCAGGAGGAAGGGCUCGACCAGCGGGGGCCAGAGGCGGCUGCCCAUCACAGCCAAAGCAGGAGGAAGGGCUCCACCAGCGGGGGCCAGAGGCGGCUGCCCAUCCCAGCCGAAGCAAGAGGAAGGGCUCGACUGGCAGGGGCCGGAGGCGGCUGCCAAUCCCAGCCGAAGCAGGAGGAAGGGCUCGACUGGCAGGGGCCGGAGGCGGCUGCCAAUCCCAGCCGAAACAGGAGGAAGGGCUCGAGCGGCAAGGGCCAGAGGCGGCUGCCCAUCCCAGCCGUAGCAAGAGGAAGGGCUCGACUGGCGGUGGCCGGAGGGCGGCUGCAAUCCACAGGCAAAGCAGAGGAAGGGCUCGACCUGGCGGUCGGCGCGGAAGGCGUUGCCAUGCCCAAGCCGAUGGAAGGAAGGGAAAAGGCUCGACUGGCGUCGGCCGGAGGCAGUUGCCAUCCCAGCCAAAGCAGGAGGAAAGGUUUCACCAAUUGGUGCCCAACUCGCAGAGUCCAUCCACUUUCCUCGGUUGGGAAGGCUAG